AUGGCGACUUUGGCAGACUCCUUCCUUCAGGAUCUUGAGGAUUUAGAGGAGCCAGAUCCAGAAGCAGAGGAACCGGCAGCAAAGAAGGCCAAAAAAGGGAAGAAAGCUCCGGUCGAGAAGGAUUUGAGCACUGCUGCCUUAGUAGAUGAUGAAGAGGAGGCGGAGGAGAUCCCAGAUGCGAUUCAGGUGUUUAUGAACAACGAGAAGAGCGGCAGCUCCAGUGUCUCAGAGAUGUUGAAGAAUGAUGAAUUCCAGAAGCUCAUGGAUGAGGUGCGCGAACGAAAAGAUGAGCAGCCUGCCCUGGAGCUGGGCAAGCAGCUGAGUGAGGAGGACACCGAGUAUCCCCUUAUCACCCGAUGUAACUCUUUGGUGCGAGAGAUUGAUGACGAGAUGAUGAACAUCCACCGCUUCGUGCGGGAUAUCUAUUCCAAGAAGUUCCCAGAGUUAGAGUCCAUUGUGACCAGCCCCUUGGACUAUUUGCAGGUGGUCCAGCGUAUUGGCAACACAAAGGACCUCACAACGAUUGAUUUCUCAGACAUCCUGCCAAACACAGCUGUCAUGGCCAUCACCGUGACGGCUUCCAUGACUGCUGGCACCCAACUACCGAGGCAAGAAUUGGACAAGAUGCUGGUGGGCUGUGAUGAAGCCUUUCUGCUCAAUGACUGCAAGCGAGAUGUUUUGCUGUACCUUGAAAGUCGAAUGUCCGGUUUGGCUCCCAACCUCUCAGCAUUGCUUGGUGCGGCUCUCGCUGCCAAGCUGAUUACUGCUGCUGGUGGCCUCUUGAACCUGGCACGUAUGCCAGCUCAGAAUAUCAUUUUGGUAGGCUCUCAGAAGAAGUCGCUCCUGGGCAUGGGCUCUGGAGCCUACAGUACUCAGGGCAUCAUUUUCCUCAGUGACCUCAUUGUGAGCACUCCGAUGGAGUUUCGAAACCGCGCCGUGAAGCUGGUGGCGGGCAAGUGUGGUUUGGCCGCUCGUGUCGACUCCUUCCACGAGUCUCCGCUAGGACAGGUGGGGACGCAGUUGCGAGAGAAGAUCCUCCAAUCCUUGGCAAAGGCACAGGAGCCACCACCCGCCAAGCAGAAGAAGACCUUGCCACCUCCUGAAGACAGACCUCGUGCCAAGAGAGGUGGCAAGAGGCAUCGGCGAAUCAAGGAGAAGUAUGGACAGUCAGAGUUCAAGAAGAUGCUCAAUCGAACCAAGUUUGGCGUGGAUCCGGAGGACAAUAUCUACACUGAGGAGUGGGGCUUGGGACUCCCCUACUUCGAAGGCAAGCCGGUUCCAUUGAAGGCCGCGAAGGUGUCCAAGGAGAAGCAGCUCCAACGAAACAUCCAGGCCAUGAAGCGCCAGCGAGCUGCUGCCUCUGCAGGCAAUGAGAGUGGGCUCAGUAGUUCCUUGGCAUUCACGCCAGUACAGGGAAUUGAGCUUGCGAAUCCCAGUGCUCAGAGGAAGGCGCCUGAUGUGGGCGAGAAGUACUUCUCCAACUCUGCAGGUAUGAUGCGCGCAGAGGGAGUCAGCGACGUUAUGUACAACAAGCUGCCGCUGGCAGCCCAAAAUGCGAUCCUGGACAAGCCGUGGUUGGAGGAUGGGUUCAAAAUUGAGUACGGCCAGGAGUAUUGUGCCGUCCUGGUUCGGGCGCUGCGGCUUCGCAGUGCGAUCGUGCUCUUGGAUGGCAUCGAUGAAGCCUCAGAUGUGAAAGGCGUCUUGCAGAGCUAUAUCAUGCGUCGCCUGGUUCCGAUGGAGAUAUCCUUGGUCCUCACCUCUCGUCCGGAGGGGGUCAGCGCUGACUUGAGUACCUUGAAGCAAUCCUUUGCCAUCAUGUCCCUCAAGCCUUUGUCGGAUAAGCAGCAGAAGGACAUCAUCUUGAACCAGGUCCAGAGUGAGGGGAAUGAAUUCUUCGAGAAGAUGAUGGGCUUUGCAGACAUCCGGGCCAAGCAUGACCUCAUCUAUUACCAUGAGGCCUUUCCCGAUCCAAAAGACCGACGCUACAUGGAGAAGCAGCUUCCAGCUGUAAAUCGCUUCAAGAAGGAGGAUGGCAGCUGGGAUCCCACCAUGGUUCAACACUUGAAAGGCCAAGUGAUCAAGGCCAUUCCGACAGGAACGGCGCCCAGCUCGGCAUACUUGAAGGCUGCCUCCGGCUACUUCACGGGCGAGCUCUUUCGUGUCAUGGACAAGCUCUUGAAGGAGAAGAAGCCCACAGCUGACCUGGACGCGGUGUUGAAGGAGAAGUUCCCUGGCACGGAUGCCUUCAAGCCUGGGCCCUCCUUGGCCAAAAAGCUCUAUGAACUCGCUGAGAAGAAGAAGGUCACCAACAACCAGGAUCUUUGGUCCAAGGUGGUUUGCAACACAGAUCAACUGCUGACGGCGGCCGAAGACUUCAAGCCAGUCUUUGAGAAGGCUGUCGACGCCCUGUGCAAAUACGUCCAGGAGGAGCUGAAGAAAACGGCCCAGGAAGGCCAGCAGAUCAGCUAUGACUACGACCUGGUGCUGGGGCCCUUGAAAGAUCCCGUGCGAGUUUGUGAAAAGGCCGCCGAUGACUACGCGGACCGCUUUCCCGACUUUUUGGCCGAAUCCAACGUAGUAGAUGUGAUCCGGGCACGCUUGGUGUGCACCAGCGGCUCCCAGAUGAAGACCUUCUUAAAGAAGAUCUCGGAGAGCUAUGAGACUGAGAUCGAGGGGCAAAAGGUGAAGCUCAGCUUGGCACGUGCCAAGAACAAGUUUUCCAGCAAGGACAGUGAUCCCUCCAGGUUCCGCAAUGUCUUGCUGAAUUUGGAGCUGAGUCGUGAUGGGCAGUCCCACUUCGUGGAGUUGCAAGUGCACCACAAGCUCAUCCUUGAUUUCAACGAUGAGAGCCAUGCGCACGACUAUUACGACUUCUUUCGGAGGGAGCUGGCCAACCAGUAUGGCAAGGAAAUGGAAGCGAGCCUGAACUUUAUGUUGGAAGAGCGAAUGCUGCUCUUCAAGGAAAUUUCUGAAGUCCCAGUUCUCUUGUCGGUGAUGACCAUGGCUUUGCUGCACUCCAACCAGAUGCCCUCGAACCUAUUCGAACUUUACGACAUGGGGUUGCAGAAUAUCCUCUCAAGUCAGCUUGGCGACGUGACAAAGGAAGACAUUGUGGAAAUCUGGCGGCUCAUGCAGCUGGUGGCGCUGAACAAUCAGUUGAACCAGAAGCGUAUUUUUAUGCAGAAAGAUGUGGAGACGGCCUUGGUUGAGGACAAGCACCUACUUCCUGUGUGGGCCAAGUUUGUCGAAAAGGGAGAGGUGCCCUUUGUGAAGAUCUUGGCGGAUGGUGAUGAUGCCGAGUAUCAGUUCAGGCAUUUGAGCUUCCAAGAGGCUUUGGCCUCCCAGGCUCUGGCUGAGCAGAACCAGCUGGGACUGGAGGCUGCCGAGCGGUUCAAGAGAGUUGGCGGGGGCUUUGCCGAGUUUCUGAACAUCCCCUUCUACCGGAACAUGCUUCGAAUUGGUGCUGGGCGAGUUGGCGAUGUUUUUGGGAGAUACUGGCCGCUAACCUCUUCGUUGACAGAUGACGGCCGAGCAGGACUUUGGAAUUUGCUCUUGGGUGCCAAGAAACUGAUCCUCGCGAGCUUUCUGCGCCCAGAUGCAAGCACUUACAAGAGCUAUGAAAAGGCUGCCUUCCCUCCUGGCUCAGAAGAUUGGUUCUUCACAAUCUUCAUGUUCGGUAAGCCGAAGGGGAACGGAUCUCUCAUGUACAACUUGUCGAAGAUCAAGAGCCAGGUGAAAAACCUCCAGGCAGCUUUGGUGACUCAUGAGGCUUGCCAUAUCCUCUUCCGCAACCAAGGCCUCGACGUCUCAGCCUUCGAGGUGCCUUCCAUCGCCUUUCCCAUGAGCUGGGAUGGCCAUGGACAGGCCUUGGACGUCUCCAAGGCGCCACCGCGCAUCGGGCUGCAGCUCUCCUUCAACUGGAAGAACUCCUUGUUGCACUUUGAGGAGAGCGAGGUGGUGUGUCUCGACCCGGCCCAGCCCAAGUCGCAGAUCCCCGACCGGGCUCCAGAGCUUCAUCGGCUCUCCGGGCCUCGAUGGAUUUUCGUGUCCGAGACGCCCCAGGAGCCCUACAACUUCAACCCGUGUGUUUGCACAAAGGUGAUCCCUGUCUACAUGAGAGGCAGCCAUUGUUCCUUCCUGUCCAGUUCGCCGAAGCUCGCGGCCACCUCGGUGAGUGGCGAUGUGAAGCGCGGCCAACGCACGGAGAAGACUGGGAACAUCCUGGCCCACCAGGCCAAGGUGCAGCCAAAGACCACUUUUACUACAGAAUGGCCUCCUCCACCUUGGAGGAUUGCUGCUUCCGAGGAGGUCGAGGGUGUGAUGAUGUCGACCUACCAGUUCUACCACCGAGCCGCUGCCGUGGAAGGCGCGACUGAAGGCGUGGAAAGUGUGAAGGUGUCCACCCGUUGGCUUGCUGCAACUGGCGGGGGCGGGAACGACGUGAUGGUGUCGACCUACCAGAGUUCGUACGAACUGAAGAGCUCCCACGCCUUGAGCGACUUUGUCACAGUGCCCCCGGCGGGAAAGCAGCGGGUGUCGGAGGAGAAGUAUCGCUUCCACCGGACGGAGGAGGUCAUCGCGGCUGCCGGCGGCCACAGUGUGGGCUCUGGGUUUGCUGGUGGGCACUUGGAGCAGCACUAUGGGCGAGUCGCCCAGGUGGCUAGGGCCUCUCGUAGACGGCAGAUGGUGGCGACCCAGUUCCUUUGCAUGCGGGCGACGUUUCUGACAUGGAGGAUGGCGCGCGGCAUGAAGGAUCCCGACCCACCCCCUGAAGUCACAGAGGCAGCUGCCUCCUCGGUGGCGAUGGGAGAGAGCAAGAAUGAGACUGCAGGAGACACGCCCGCGCUGCCCGAAGUGUUGGCCGAAAAAGAGGGCCUAGACGAUCUAGAAGCGCCUGUGAGCAAAGCCAAGCACUAUGAGGAUUCCGGUGGGAAUGCGGAGGUCUUUCGGCCCAAAGAUGCAGAGAAGGGCUUGGCGUUCUUGAUGAAUCUUUGGAGCCGCGCGUGGAAUGAUCAAGGGAAUCGGUUAAGUGACUUCCAGCGAGUCCUGAACGAGAUGGCUCUGCCGGAGCUGCCGCCCUCAGCCCCCCAGCAGCUGCGACGGUGGUCGCGCAGAGGCGUUGCAUGGGACUUCCGCUUGGAGCCAUGGCCGAUCAUGCAGAUGGGCAUCAUCGCUCCGGUCCCAAAAGUCAAGGAUCCCAAUGAUCUGGAAGCAGCUCGCAGUGAAGCGACAGCCAAGAGUGAAAGGAUCCAAAAGAAGGUGUGCUCUGAGUGGGCCCUGGCUUUACGAGGAGAAACCACCAAGGAGUGGUCAACCGAAUUCAGCCCCUGGAAGAUGCUGGCUGAUGGCGUCAUCAGGGAUGACAUCAUUCUUCCGGAUCAGGCGCCGGCCAUGCGCUGCGAGCGUGGCCACGAGCUCAAGUUGAUGCAGACCAGUGGAGGGAACCAGUGCGACAGGUGCAACGAGAACGAUGACAAUCAGGGCCACAACAAGAUACAUUUUCGUUGCCAGCCUUGUGAUUUCGAUGUUUGCAUCUACUGCGCGCAGCGUAUCAAGGAGGCCUACUGGAAAGCUCAUGCGCACCACGACUGGGCGGCUGAACGGCGAGACCAGGCGAUGCGCUGUGCGUGCCGACUUUCUUCCUCGAGCGCCACACGAGUGCCGGAAGAGUUGGAGAAGCCUCGUUGCCCUCCUGGGCGGCACAUUUACAAGCGGACGAAGCCUGGAGACGAGAGGUGUGCGUGUGGCCGGGAAGAAGCGCUGUAUAGAUGCGAAAACAGGGAAUGUCAGCAUGCGAUCUGCCGGAAGUGCUUCUUGCGUGAAGGCCUCAGGCUGAGGAGACCCUGGGAUUCUGACACGGUCCUUGAAGGGUGGCAGCUCUUGCCGGUAGACGCUGUACGAUUAGAUCACCCGACCAAGAAGCAGAUCAUGAUCGCAAGGAGGCGGCAGGCCAAAGGAAAGCAGUGGCAGGAUCUUUUUAGCCUCCGGCACUUCCGACAGGCGCUGAACGUGGAGUUCUUUACACAUCGCAUGGAACCCGAGAAGGCGGCCAGCUUCUUGACGAAGCAUGUGGACCGAUUUCAGAGCUCCUCCAGAGAGGUGAGGGUCUUAGAGCCCAACAAGGCGUUGCCACCGAUGCGGCGGCCGUGGCCGACCUGCCAAAGAGGGCACUUCCUGGAUCAAACCCAGUCAUCAACGAAGGGACGCCUCUGUAAUGUAUGCGGCAAGUUUGCGGGCGGUUACCACUGCUCCCGCUGUCAGGGCUACAAAGUAUGCCGCCUUUGCUAUGUACAAAUGUCAGACAGAUGCCGUGCAGCACAGAGAAUCAACAAGGAGAAUCACAACGAGGAUUUCCUUCGAUGCCUUGCCGCCAAGCGGCGGCUCUGGCGCACACGCCCGGAGGAGCAUGUCAGGACAAGCCUUCGUGGCCCGAUGCCGACUGCUUUCUUCACACAUCGUUUGGAGGACAGCGAGGUGGCUGCUUGUUUCCUGAAGAAGUUCCAAGCGAUCCUGGUGCCGCCAAGCACAUCAACACCAACAGCGACGAACACGGAGAAGCCCAAGCUCCCUGAAGGGGAGCAGUAG